AUGAAUCACACAGAUACUCUCUUUCUAGCCAUAGCCGUAACAGUUAAUUCCAAGUCACUUAGAGACAAAGGAGAAUUAGUUAACAGCAAUGGAGGCAUAUUUAACAAAGACGAUAGUACAAGCGAAAUUGUAUAUGAUGAAGAGAUACGAUCAGAUGCUGAAGAUCCUGAACGAGUAUUAGUUGACAGUCAUGAAAACAUGUUUAACAAAGACAAUAAUACAAGCGAAAUUGUGUAUGAUGAAGAAAUACGAUCAGAUGAUGAAUACCCUGCGGACUACAUUGAUGAACGAUUUAAGAAACCAGACAAUGGAUUUUCUAAGUUCAAGCCGUGUAGGAAAAGACCGUGUCCUACAGCGCGACCUACAAUUAGACCUACAAUCUCUCCUAGUUCCCCUACUCCGGUUACUGUAGACCCAAUGAAAGAUCCAGCAGAAAAAGCAAAAUGCUUAAAAGAGUGUAAAUUAACGAAAAAUUUUGACCCCGUAUGUGGUUCCGAUGGCAAAACAUAUGUCAAUCCCGGUCAACUAAAGUGUGCAAGGAACUGUGGUUAUGAUGUUCAAGAGGUAUCGGCUGGACCCUGCGAUAAUCAGAUCACAGAGAGCCCUACUUCACAAUCCCCGAUAGACCCAGCAGAAAAAGCCAAAUGUCUGAGACAGUGUAAAAUUACAAAAAAAUUUGAUCCUGUUUGUGGUUCCGAUGGCAAAACAUAUGCCAAUCCUGGUCAUCUCGAGUGUGCGAAGAACUGUGGUUUUGACGUCCAGAAGGUAUCGUCUGGACCCUGCGAUAAUCCGAUCACACAGAGCCCAACUUCACAAUCUCCAGAUACAGUCCAGUCUAUUCAAAAUUGCAUACACAAGUGUCCGACCUUAACCCCAGAGUACAAUCCUGUGUGUGGCACGGACGGCGUCACUUAUAAAAAUCCUAGCAAAAUGCAAUGUGCUCGUUCUUGUGGCGUCAAUGUGGUCCUGGCCAGACGCGGCAGAUGCCCCACGUCUGUGGUAACCUCUACUGAAGCAUCUACAACAACAUCUAGGAACCCUGUCGACGAUAAGCUAAAGUGUCUAAAGACAUGCAAAGUGUCACCGCAUUUGUAUCCUAUUUGCGGCUCUGACGGAAUCACCUACAGUAAUCCUAGUUAUUUGAUGUGUGCCAGAAAAUGUGGGACUGAUGUGCUAAUGGUGUCCGAAGGGCGAUGCCCGCUAAACUCAACUACCACCACCACCACUACCACUACAACAGCAACUCCAAUCAUCACGACCACGGAAUUACCAGCUGACGUACGUGAUUGCAUCAAGAAAUGUCCUGUAACUACCGAGCACAAUCCCGUCUGCGGUUCUAAUGGCGUCACUUAUGAAAAUCCGGGGCAUUUUAUGUGUGCUCAUUUUUGUGACAUUAAGGUACAUUUCGUAUCAAACGGCGAAUGCGCGGAAUCAACCACGGUGACAUCUACAACACAAAUAAUCGACCCCGAGGAAACAGCGCGGUGUGUGCAAAACUGCCCGGUAACGUCUGAAUACAAUCCUAAGUGCGGCUCUAACGGCGUCACCUAUGCCAACCCUGGACGAUUGGAAUGUGCUGCUUUUUGUGGUGUUAAAGUAACUGAGGCAUAUAGCGGGAUGUGUGGUAGCCGACAAUCAAGUAGCACAUCAACUACAACGAGAAGGCCGUGGAAGGAUAUCACAGCAGUGAAUGAGUGCAUCAGGAAGUGUCCAGUUCCUUCUGACUACAGACCUGUCUGUGGCACUGACUUCAAAAUGUAUUUCAGUGUACAACGACUGGAAUGCGUUCGUAACUGUGGAGUUGGCCGGCGAUAUACGGGCAGCUUGAAGCAGCUAGUAUCGACAGCUUCAAUUUGCGACCGCAUGGGAAACUACAGUCUUCUAUGUACACACAUACACCAAACCGCUCGAGCAGUUGUUUCGGGCGGUUUGCAGCGCGGUGAAAUUUCAUCGUGCAGUCAAGCAGUCGCCAGGUAUACACUGACUGCUCGAGCUGUCACUGCUCUCGCGCAGUUACCUCCGCCCGCACUCUUCAUUCCACGUCACGCGCGCACUUUCGCAGCAGCAAAUUCUACGUCGCCGCCGUCGUCGUCUGAACAAAAGUAG